UUCAGCCAAUGAACAUGCACGCUCGUGCGCGCGGGGGACGUUCCGUGACGUACUCGCUACGUAGGCUUUAUCAAGCGUCUUCCCGCGCGGCAGUCUUCCCAGUCUCUCUUCUCCGCGGCGGUAGCUGUUCUUCUGGUCUUUUUGCCUAACUUGCAGUACCCGAAUUGACUGCCAUGUCUUCUGAAGAAGGGAAGCUUUUCGUGGGAGGGCUCAAUUUCAACACCGAUGAGCAGGCUCUGGAAGACCACUUCAGCAGCUUCGGUCCUAUUUCUGAAGUGGUCGUUGUCAAAGACCGGGAGACUCAGCGAUCCCGGGGUUUUGGUUUCAUCACCUUCACCAACCCAGAGCAUGCCUCAGAUGCCAUGAGAGCCAUGAAUGGAGAGUCUCUGGAUGGUCGCCAGAUCCGUGUGGAUCACGCGGGCAAGUCGGCCAGGGGAGCUAGAGGGGGUGCCUUUGGGGCCCAUGGGCGUGGUCGCGGCUACUCUAGAGGUGGUGGGGACCAGGGCUAUGGGAGUGGCAGAUACGACAGUCGACCUGGAGGAUAUGGGUAUGGAUAUGGAUAUGGAUAUGGAAGGUCCAGAGACUAUGGUGGCAGAAGCCAGGGCGGUUAUGACCGCUACUCAGGAGGAAAUUACAGAGACAAUUAUGACAACUGAGAUGAGGCAUGUGCACCUAAUGUAGAUACACAAGGAAUAAAACUUCUGAUCCAGGAUCAUCCUUCCAAAUGGCUGUAUUUAUAAAGAUUUUUGGAGCUGCACUGAAAAAUCUGUUUAGUACAUCAACUUCUAUUUUUGAAUUGAGCUCCCAAGGUAGCUUGUUACAAAGACCUUUUAGAAAGUUCCAUAUGUCUUUUAAAGUUUUUCCUCCCAUUUAAAGACAAGUCCUGGGACAUUUGUAGAGUCUGAGUAUUUUUCUUUUUACCAGUUUUUUAGUUUGGGCUCUCAGGAUUACGGGCUAUGGCAAAAAAUGUUUGGUCACUUUUUUUUUUUUUCAAAUGAUGUGCAUUUAGGGACAUUUUAAAAACCUGUAUACAAUGUUUAUCGUGAUUAGGAAGCAAUUUCUAAAUGCAGCUGCAAGAACAUGAUUAGAGGUGAUUUGGGGUUUUUUUGUUUUUACUCAAGGUCACCACCCUGAUACACAGAAGUUUCUUAGAACUUGUGAAUGUCCUUUUCUUUAAUACUGGAAGAAAAAAUACUCUGUUGUGUUUCACUUAGCAUUUAGGAUGUCUUUCACGGAGCUGAUUAAAAAGUUGAAAUGUGAAAACAAACUGA